AUGAAACGUAUGUUGAUUAAUGCAACACAUGCCGAAGAAGUUCGCGUUGCACUCAUCACUGGUCACCGUCUUUACGAUUUCGAUUUAGAAAACCGUACACGUGAACAAAAGAAAGCCAAUAUCUAUAAAGGCCAUGUCACUCGCGUAGAGCCUUCUUUAGAAGCUGUAUUUGUAGAGUAUGGUGCGGGUCGUCAAGGUUUCUUGUCGAUGCGCGAAAUUGCCAAUACCUACUACAAGGCAGACCCUCGCCAAACAUCAAAUAUUCGUGAACUCAUCACUGAAGGCACUGAACUUUUGGUUCAAGUUGAAAAAGAAGAGCGUGGCAACAAAGGCGCAGCACUUUCAACCUAUAUUUCCCUUGCUGGUCGCUAUUUAGUCUUGAUGCCGAACAACCCGAAAGGUGGUGGUAUUAGUCGUCAAAUUUCGGGUUCAGUUCGUGAAGAACUUAAAGAAAUGUUGGCGUCAUUAAAUACCCCACGUGGGAUUGGCCGUUCACAAGAAGAACUGCAACUUGAUCUUCAACAUUUGUUAGACCUGUGGGCACAAAUCCAAGGUACAGCAAACUCUGGUCCAUCACCAAUGCUUGUUCAUCAAGAAGCUGGCGGUUCAAUUGUAAUCGACCAAACUGAAGCACUGGUUUCAAUCGACAUCAACUCGGCGAAAUCAACACGCGGACAUGAUGUAGAAGAAACUGCACUCAGCACCAACUUAGAAGCAGCUGAAGAAAUUGCUCGCCAAUUACGUUUACGUGAUAUUGGUGGUUUGGUGGUGAUCGACUUUAUUGAUAUGACCAAAGAACGCAACCAACGUAUGGUUGAAGCUAAACUUCGUGAAGCGACGCAAAGUGACCGUGCCCGUAUCCAGUUCGGUCAAUUGUCACCCGUCAACGCUUACGACCAUCUCUUGAAGAAGCUACAGGUUAUGUAUGCCCUCGCUGUCAUGGCACAGGUAUGGUACGUGAUCUACGUUCUCUUUCUCUUUCAAUUAUGCGUAAAGUUGAAGAGAUUGCAUUACGUGAACGUCAAGGUGAAGUUCAAGUUGAAGUGCCUGUUGAAAUUGCAGCAUUCUUAUUGA